AUGAAUUCGAUAGAAUCAUCGGCGGCAACGGUUUCGGCGGUAUUUAUUGGAUUUCAAGUUUUUCUAUUGAUAUUUGUUGUUGAUUGUGAGGAAUCAUCAAUUAACUAUGCAGCAUACGGUCCUGCUUCUGCGUAUGUUAUAGCGGGGGGACAACCCUCACUUCCUGGAGAGUUUCAAUUCAUGGCAGCAUUGGGAUGGUUUGACGAUUCCGGAAAGCUUAAGUAUCAUGGCGCUGGAAUGGUUAUAAGUCCAAGAUUUAUUUUAACGGCUGCUCAUUGUGUUUAUAAAGAUGGUAAACUUCCUGAUACAGUUUUUAUAGGAGGUGGAUCUUUGUCCGAAAAUGCUACUUUAAAGUAUACAAAACAUUCAAUUGCUAAUGUGACAAUUUUUCCAAAAUAUGAUCCGAAUCAAGGAUACGAUGACAUUGCAAUACUUGAAUUAACUAAACCAACUUGGUUUCCAUCAAUUUGUUUAUGGACGAGUCCACAUUUACCAAGUAAUGACGUUACGGCUAUUGGAUAUGGAUUGACUGAAUUUGCUGGAAUGGGUUCUCAAGAAUUACUGAAAGUCAACUUGACAAUUUUUUCAUCUGACUACUGUGAACCAUUUUUCAAACGUCAAAGAAAAUUCAAAAUGGGCCUAUCGGAUGACCACAUCUGUGCUGGUGAUAAAGAAGGCAUCAGAGACACUUGUCAGGGUGAUUCUGGUGGACCACUAAUUAUAAGGCACAACAAUGAAAUGUUCGCCAUCGGGAUAACGUCUUCAGGACAGGCUUGCUCGGGAUUACCGCCAGCGAUUUAUACAAAAAUCUAUCCAUACUUAAAAUGGAUACGUAUUGUUUUGGGUGAACAAGGAGAGUUUAUAACAGUGUGUGAUGAUGAUAGAAUAUAUCAAUAGUAGCGUACGAUGAACAUCUCCAUUUUUAAAGAAACAAAAUAACCUUUUUAUUCGAUGCAAUUUAUUCUUAUGCAUUUUAUAGUAUUAAUGUUCUUUUGUAUUUGAUUGCAAAUUAUUCGUCUAUUCAAAAAAUAUAAAAAUGAUACGAAUCUAUUCCUUUUGAAAAUCUGACAUUAUUAAAUGAAUGUUAGCUCACAAUUUUACU